CUUUCCGUCGCCGAGUCCCCGCCCCUCGGCGGUAUAAAAGGCGGCUGCGCAGCCUCAGUCGGUCUUCUCCCGCUCGAACCGGAGUCAGAACCAGCAGCCGAAGCACCGGAGCUCAUCUUGAAGGACCAUGGCCGAACAGAAGGAGCGCACCUUCAUCGCCGUGAAGCCGGACGGCGUGCAGAGGGGCCUGAUCGGCGACAUCAUCAAGAGGUUCGAGCAGAAGGGCUUCAAGCUGGUGGGCAUGAAGAUGAUCCAGGCGUCUCGGGACCUCCUGUCCGAUCACUACGUGGACCUGAAGGACCGGCCCUUCUUCCCCACGCUCAUCGAUUACAUGAGCUCUGGUCCUGUGGUGGCCAUGGUGUGGGAGGGGAAAGGCGUGGUGAAGACGGGCCGCGUGAUGCUGGGUGCCACCAACCCGGCCGACUCCAGCCCCGGGACCAUCCGAGGAGACUUCUGCAUCGACGUGAGCAAGAACAUCAUCCACGGCAGCGACUCGGUGGACAGCGCCAAGACGGAGAUCUCCCUGUGGUUCAAGGACGACGAGCUGGUCAGCUACACCAGCUGUGCCUUCAGCUGGCUGUACUGAGCCCCCCCCCCACCAUCCUCAUACUGUAGACCCCCCCAUUCCUCUACAGACAUUCCACCCUGUCAUUCCUCAACCUGACGUCACUUUGGUUUGAAUAAAGUCCAACAACACCUCGG